AAAAAAAAAGAAAAGAAAAAAAACCCCAGCUCGAGAGGAACCAUCUAGCUUGCACGGUGCAGAGGCGUGUGCGUACGUGCUUGUGACACAUCUCGCCACGGUCUAUCAAGUCUUCUGGAGCCCAAUGGUAAAGAUGCACUGGUCCUUGGACAUGCUGCCCUUGCCUCCUUACGUUGAGCUGGGCGUCCACUCACUAUGCGGCCUUUUGUGGACGCUGGCCUUCUUGUUCCUGUGGCACUGUUAUCGGAUCGGCUCGGACCUCCCGAUGGCGGGUCACGCGCACGGGGGGGAAAUCAGCUCGAGAAGAUCCGCAAUGUCUCUCGGGGGAAGCUGUGCGGGAGCAAAGUAUAAAUCGCAGUCCAAGCUGUUCAGGGGUGAUCAAAAGAACCGCUUGAUAAGCAUGGAAACAGAAGAGGACGAGGAGCUGGGGCAAGGCUACCUCGCACCGGUCCUGAGCCACUCCUUGUUCCCGGCGCAGGCUUCUGCACAGGCCAAGAAACUUUACUCAGCCCUGCAGGAAUACGCCAAACGCUACAGCUGGGUGGGAAUGGGCCGCAUUCACAAAGGCCUUCGGAAGCAGAUCAAAUUAAACGAGCACUCGGCCAUCCAGAAGCCGCACCUCUUCUUCCUGCCUGACGUCCCGAGCGUUCCCUUUUUUCCACGGGAUGCUCAUCGCCACGAUAUUGAAGUCUUGGAAGCCAACUACACGGUCAUCCUGGCUGAGUUCCAGGCGGCUUACCAGAGAGGCAUUGACUCCAAACUGGGCUGGACCAUGGGAGCAAAGGGCCAGGCCGUGUUUCCGCUGUACAGCGCAGGCGUGUACGUGACGGCCAAUUGUCGCGCCUGUCCUUGCACCUACCGGACACUUCUGUCCCUGCGCACGUUCAUAAGCAGCAACUCCUUGGGAUCGGCCGGAUUUUGGUUGCUGGGGCCCGGUGCCGCUCUGGGGAGCUCAUACGGACCGACUAAUACGCGGCUGCGCUGUCAUCUAGGUCUGCAAACGCCCCCUCUGUGUGAGCUCGUGGUGGGAGGGGAGCCUCAAUGCUGGUCUGAGGGACACUGCCUGCUGAUUGAUGACUCCUUCCUUCACACAGCGGCACACAAAGGGCCCCCAGAUGCCGGACCCCGAGUCAUUCUCAGCGUGGACGUGUGGCAUCCCAAUGUGGCCGCGGCCGAGAGACAAGCCUUGGACUUCAUGUUCAGUCCUGAUGUCUGAGCAGUGCCUUUUGUUUUCGCCUUGAAAAAUCAUGCUGCAUGGAAAUAUGCAUGCAAGUUCUUUCACUCACGUUAUGUAAUAUUCUCACAAAGGCAACAUAUUGUGGAAA